CCUGCGCGUGCGCGUCCCGGUUUACCUCCUCUUCGCCGGGCAACCGCCGCCGACCAGGUAUUUCAUUGUCACUCGUCUUGGCGCUCGUGUACGUCGUCCACCGGCAACGCCGCCAACCACGAGCUACUAACGUAUAGCGCAGUUGUUGUACAGUUCUCGAUCUUCGCGACAAACCGACCAGUAUUUCAAACGUAAAACCGCGUGCCCGUCCGUCGACCCGUCCUCUUAUGAUAUCGAUUAUCGUUAUUCCUGUCCGUAUUCAGACCGAUUCACUGUGAUCCGUGUUCGAGACGAACGCGAAAAAUAUAAUAAUAAUAAUAAUAAUAAUAAAAAAAAAAAAAACCGUUAGCGGCCGCACGUUUUUCGAAUUUUUUUCUUCUUCGCUUCCGCUCGUCGUUCGCACAUCGUAGCGCGGAGUAUUGCCGUUAACAACAAUCCGCCACUGUCGAGCAAUAUUUUCACCACGGGGCACGAUGACCACGGAAACCGCCAAAUCGGUGUACGCCAGCGACGGACACCCGUGUUUCAAGUACAAGCUCAACGAUCCGAAAGCAUUUUGGAACGGCGGUGGUGGAGGCGUCGGGGUCGCUGGCAACCAUCAGGUGCUUCAAGCCACAGCGUCUACUGAACGGUUUUGGGAAGAAGAGCCGGAGGAGAAGAUCAAGCGCAAGGUACAGGACGCCAAGAUCAAAUUCCACAAGGACAGGCAGCUCCAGGUCAAGCACUUGCCCAGAAACGUCAGCGAGGAAGAAAUCAGAAAACUUUUAAUUGAGUUCCCGGUCGAGAGUAUACACAUCAGUACGACAUCGGGCAGCAGCAUGGCACGUGUCACACUUGAGGAUCCUGAACUAAGAAUGGAGGAGUGGGACUUCAACAAGCAAUUCAUGCUUCGCGGUCAACGUAUACCUGUGUCACCGACACCCACUGAAAUGCUCUUGUGUGUGGCCGGUCUGCCGUUCAGCUAUACAGAAGACCAGUUCACCCGGCUGGUGCAGAUGUACGGUGAGAUCCGCAAGACAUUCUUGAUAAUCAGCGAGAAAACCGGCGAGAGCAAGGGAUACGGAUUUGUCGAGUAUUUGAACAAAGAGUGCGCGAUCACAGCCAAAUGCGGUUUGGAUGGUAAGGUAAUCGAUGACUCUACACUUGUUUGCGAUUGGUUGGACGGCAGUCAUAUCACGUACGAUUCACUCCAUUCCAAAUGCUUGUACGUUGACAAUUUGCCGAAAUCAUUCAGAGACAUGAGCGAAUUCCGAAAAAUAUUUGCUAAAGUUGUUAAUCCACCGUAUUGUCAAAUUGCGUUGAAAAAUGGAUGCCCGUUGGACUGGGGCCUAGUCGAGUAUAAUACAGCUGAAGAUGCCGAACGAGCACAAACAGAAUUGAAUGGACACACAUUGAGAGGCCAUAAUAUUCGCAUUACUUAUUAUAUACCCGGAGUUAGAGCUAUAAAUUUGUUUUUAAAACUAUUAAACGAACAGAGUAAAUCUAAAUGCGGCGGACUAUUGCCAGACCCUCCUCAAGAAGUUAUCGAGCAGUCGUUACAGAAUCUUUCAAAACAAAAUCCUAUUUUUGCACAAAAUUUACAAAACAUUAUUUUUAAUCAAAUUAAAGCAACUCAGAUGGGCCCUGAAGCUCAAGAUUUUUCUGAUUCAACACUGAGGUCACAUUUAUUAAACAAUAAAGUACCACCAACUAUGUUGCAUUCUCCAACUAGUAUACCUUUCAUGGGCGCUACUUCAGAGACAUUUGGAACAAGAUUAUUGCCUAGUCCACCUGUAGGAGAAGUCCCUCCUCAUUUGGCUACUGGGUUGUUUGAUGGAGAUUUGACAAACCCAUUAGUGGCUAACUAUUAUAGAGAACUGUUAACUGCUCAAAUUUUGGCUGGAACACAAAAAUCUAAUGGAUUUGGAGGUUUAAAUGCCAAUCUAAAUUCAAAUUUCGUUGACAAUGUACAACAAACUGCGAAUAACAACAAUACUCUGAAUCAAAUUGAUGCCGUUCAAAAAGUGUACCAAAACCAAAAUUUACAAAGUAUUGGCCAGCAAUUAGCUCAACAGAUAGCUCAGCAACAAAUUGGGCAGCAAAUAGCUCAACAGCAACAACAACAACAUAAUAUUAAUCAACAACAAAACGUUGUUAUUAAUAUUUAUGGAGGUGUUAAUACUACUACUCCACCGGCUACACCAACUCCAACUACACCUACUUAUCCAUUUGGUUCAUCAUUGUCUCUAAAUUUGGAUCAACCUUGGCCAAAAAAUACUCAGACUUCGACUACUGAUUCAUACCUAGCUAGUCCCAUUGCCGCACCGGAAAAAGCUGUAAGUUACUCACCGUCAUCCACAUGGUCUUCUAUGCAAAGCAUCUCUUCUACUCCGUCACCACAGUCUUUGUAUUCUCCAUUGGCUCCAAAUAUCUGGACGCCUACUACGGCCACAUCUCCAUUGCCCGGUCAACAAGAAGUGUCCCGUGGUCAAAAAAGAGGCAUUCCUCCGUCGCCUGAACUUAGUCCUGAAGGCAUGUAUAUUGGCCAACACUCGCAAGGACUUGGCGGCCACUAUGCUGAUUCUUAUUUGAAACGUAACAAGAAAAACUGAUCAAUGUUGCUCCUCCGACUUAACUUUCUAUGUUCUGUCUAAAACGUACAUAAUUAUUAUGUUAAUAUUUUAGUCCAGGAUUCAAUAUUUAUUUUUUAUUCUUAUUUUAAUUUAAAAUUUAUAAAAUUACUAAAACGAAUAUAGAUUCACAUUGAUCCAUAUUUUUUGAGGGCAUUACGCCAACUCUCUUAACGCGAAACAAAAUAAAAACCAUACAUGGCACGCGUGCAACUUAUCUAUUUCUGUUUUCUAUAUAGCAUUUUCAUAUUUAUUUUUAAUAUAUCCUGGACUGAUUUUUUUACUCUCAAUCUUUGUCAUUGAAUUAAAUGUAAUGUUGACUGAAAUGAUGAUUUAUCAUUUUCAUAAUGUUUUUUUUUUAAAAAUUUUUUUCUUGAUUUAUUGUAAAAGUCUAAU